AUGGCAGAUGCCAUAUCAUUUUUUUCUCAUAUGUUUACAAAAUAGUACAGGUCUCAAAUUUGUACAGUGAACAACGCAGGACAUGAAUGCGAUUCGUGAAGUUUUCACAGAAACCUGAUGCGCAUUGUUUAAAGGUCGGGCUUUCGUCUUUGUCUCGUAGGCAUCGAUUUUGAAGUGGACAAGGAAACGUUUGCCGGUCUUGGUAGGCCCCCUUGGCCUUCUUUCCGUACCUUAAACAUGUACAAUAUGGCUGGAUACAGAGGUAGCAAGGGGAGUUUGGAGAGAGAUCGCAAAGCUGUAGAGGAGUUGAUCCUAGACUAUGCUUGCAAGAACUACAUGGAUGAUGUCAUCUCAGCCAUAGUUGACCAUCGAGGGCAAUCAGCCUUCCAGGUGCUCAGCGUCCCUCACCAUCGCCUUGUUGCGGGGACCGUCUUUUCCAUUGUCCAGCGUGAAGACAUAGUGGACUUCGACACCGCCUUGCAUCUCCUGGACAUGAUCAAUGAGGCCGUCCCUGAUCUUGUGACUGUCAAGCAGUACAUCAAACUGACCACUGGUCUUAAGACCAAGGUGCUGCUGAACAAACUGUCCCAGAAGAAGUUUGACUAUGCCGAUGUUUGUGCCCUUCUCAACAAGUACUUUCCCAAAGCUGAACUGAAGACAUCUGGAGUGAGUAAACAGGAGUACCAAAUGAACACUUACCAGCUGCGCCAUCGUCACCUGAUUAUGAGGUUGAUGCUGAGUGCAUCAGAGAGAGAAGCAUACUUUUGCAGUGAGAUGGACGUAGAGCUCAGCUCAAUGUCUAUGACAGCUAUUCAGCAGUUGCUGCGAUUUUAUGUUGAUAAACUCAACCAGAGACUGAGCGUUCCUGUGAUAGAGCAGAUUGUCUCUGAAGGUCCUCACUCUCAGAUCUCCCGGGAUGUUGCCGAUUCCCGGUCCAACUGCAUGGAAAAGCUGCUGUCGGUGAGCUUCCGAGGACCUCCGUCUGAAGCAGAGCUGUUGGCCAUCCUCAGGGAAUCCUGGGAAGAGGAAGGAACGGCAGAGAGUGAGAACAAGACGGAGACAGAAGACAGCAUGGAAGAUGAUGAUGAUGAUGAUGAGUUAGUGAGUGCUACAGAUAUAUUUGACCUUCCUGUGCUAUCCAGUGAAACAUCAGACAGCCAGACUGGACUGUUGGAUUCUCCAAAACCUUCCUCCAUUCCCCAAAACCCAAGGGCCAAUGCUGCACUCGCGGAUCCUUCCAACGGUAGUUCCAGCAAUGAACCAGUCCAAUUUACCACAGAGCCUCAUAAGAAUGAGACUGCUAAGCCCUCCGCGCAUCUUCUUGGAGUCCACCGUUCAUCUUCCCUCUUCCAGUCAUCAGACCCUAUUUGGGAUGCCACGUACCAAGUUUGCAGUGAAAUUAGGAGAGACGAACCAUCAGGAACAUAUUUAGACGCUGCUGUCUUAGAACCAGCUCACCCUCCAAGGCUUGAAGUUGUGGACCAACAACAGGCGAGGUUGGGUCUUGCAACUCCGGUUACGACUGAAAUAAUCGAGGUCCUUGCAAAGACACCCAUAAUGCUGAAAACGGAUCCCGGAUCAGAUGUCUUGGAACCGAAUUGCAUGCGAUCAACAGACUCAAUUGUCUUGAGUAAUCCGCUUUCUUUUUCUGUUGAAGCAUCUCCUCAGCAAAGCCGUCCAGCUGUCAGGCCAUUCCAGAAGCAGUUAUCUAAGCCCCUGAGCUCUUCUGUCUCACUGCCGGUCAGCAAAAGCCGAAUUUACCUAAGUAAGAAUGGGCUUCCAAGCCGGUCUCGGCUGAAACGGGUCCAGUACAUGGCUGCCGACAGCUGGUCUUGCAUCGGCCUCACCCAGGGUCAAUCACCCAGCAAUCACGCAAUCGCUGAUUCCAUCAAAAAAUACAAAGCUCAGGUAAACAGAAAUGGAAUAUGUGCGCCUAGCAGCCAAGAAGUCAGCGAAUCGCAGGCCAGCCGAAGCAGUGAUGGCUCACAGAGCUCCAGUGAAAAGUCCAGCACCAGCGUGUCAUUGUUUGCUGGGUUGCAGGGGUUCAACCACACCCUCAAACGCCGGCGAUCCUGCUCACCAAUGACAACCUUCAUACAGGAUGAUAUACUAGACCUGACUUUGUCCCAUCCAUUUCAAGACACCAUAAUUUCUGAAAUUGAUGUGUUUCCAAUCACAGUACUGAAAAAUGGAACACAUUACAGAGACAAUGGAACAACAAGCACCAACAACAGUGAGCUGUCUGGGACCAUGGACACUCUGGCAUCCACCGAGGCUGUGGGUGGUGCUGCAGCAUCGCAGCAUGCUGAGCAGGAUAACACUGUCAGCAGUAGCAAUGACAAUACCCUGAGCCCGGACUGCGGCAGCGGUGAUCAGUCAGAGACAGCAGAGGUCAGAGUUGAGGUCAGGGAUGAGGAAGAAGCGUUGGAGACAGAAGAGGGGUCACAUAGUGACAGUGGGGACAGUGAGUGCAUGGAACCUGAAACCGGGACAGGUGAUCUGUCAACAAGCUCUUGCCCUCGAGCAGGAGAUCAAUCCCCAAAGAUUCCAUGUCCAAAGAUGGCCAUUGUUAAGCUGAAAAGAUUGAGUCAAGACAGCAAAGUCCGAAGAUACUUGGAAAGUUCUUCAUUGAGCGAAGCAAGCAUGUCAGUGGAUGAAAAGAGCCAGUCAUCAGACAGUGAGGACUCAUUGGUACCAGACUCCGAGGAUGAGGAUUCCACAUCCACAUCGGAGAGUAGCAGUCUGCCAUGCAUUGAGUUGCGUCCAGAUUCUGAGUGCCAACUCGUCCGACGCAUCCCGACACUGGAGCAGUAUCUACCGAGAUUGCCGUCUUCAACGGGGACGGCUGACAAAGGCAAGGAUGACAGAAUGAAAGAAUGCACCGUGCGACUACGAAAACUAGAGCCCGUUGAAAUAGACGCUCUGACCCAAGGGAAAUGCAACAUCAGGCCAUGAGGUGAAUCAGUUGUUGAUGGGAAAUAGCCAGAAGACUGUUUGGUAGGUGUAUUAACAACAGACGGUGCAGUUUGAAGUUUUGAAGGUUUAUCAUCCAAGUCAUGCUGAAAGUCAGCCAGUGUUUUGUGUAAUUUUACAACCAGGCUUAGAGGCCAUUACUGUGGUGGCAUAACGCUCAUUGGCAGCUCGUGGAAGUGAGCUUUCCAUGAGCUGUGUGAUUCAAUGAGGAAUGUGUGUGUGUGAGUGCGGUGCAACUGCAGUUGUAGCAUCUAAUCAGAUUAGUCAAUUAAAAGGAGAAGUAUUGUGUGAGACUGACUUUCUAGACGGAAGCAACACUGGAAAUGCAGUACUUGGGAUUGUAUGACACUGCCUUGUGAACAAAGCCAGUUUUUAUGAGUUGAUUUCCAUUAAGAUCCAAUAUCAUUAAUUUUUAGUAGAUUUUACUUGCAUAGUCAUGCGUUGUGCCAAACCGGAAGCAUUUCUACUGACUACUUCAGAGGUCCUGCUAUUGUUUACCGCAUACCCCUUUCCUAUCAUUUCUUUUUUAAAGCAUUGCUAUUUUAGCAAUCCCUGCUGUUUAGCCCUUCCUUGCUCUUGACGGGGUACCGUCCUCUCCCUACCCAUGGCAAUAUGCAGGCAGUACUGUUUAUUUCAAGUUGUUUUACCUUUCAGUAAACCGAGAGAAAAUGGCAAACAUGUCUGUGUGCCUGAGCAUGAUAUUAUCAGGCUGUGAUUUGUGCCUUUUUAGCUUCUUUGAAGGUCUGAUAUAAGUUCAAGACAUUUUCAUCCAAAUGAAAUCAUAUGCUCACAGAGAAAAUAUGUGAUUUCAGAACCACUAAGAAACACUGACAUGAAAUUGUAAACACAGCAAGCAUGUUAAUGUUGCAAGUUCAAGUUACAUGAAGUUAUGUCUGUCAGCGUUUGCCCGCCAUUCCUGUUUCAUUCAGACUCGUCAUGUGCCUUGAUUUACAGUAUGCAGUUGAAUGUCAACUGGUGCAACUGAGUGGUUACAACAGGGAAGCUGCUUGGUAAUUAUGUUUUUAGCCGUCUGACGAUAAGACCGAUUGAAGAGGCAGUAAAUGAAGACAUUGAAGGCACUGUUGCAUAUCAAGAGCCAGAAGCUUAUGUACUGGAGCCAGGUUGGAAUCUCUGCUCCGUUGUGUAACUAUCAACCAUUCUCAUGAGCAGAACCGGCGUAAAACAGCUGGUGAAAGUCAAGGUGACAACUGGAAAUGUUUUCAGAGCUUUAUUGUUGCAGUAAUUGUUGACAUUACCGGGUCGAUGAUUGUUUAUCUGUCGGCGUUGAUGCUGUCCGCUGAUUUUGAUAAUGCGGUAGUAAAGAGUACACAUGAGGAACACUGGUACAAUGAGCAACAACAGGAGAGCUAAGGUAUUCCUUAUAGCCGAUGUAAAAGCAAAGGGCCAGGGCAGGUAAAUAUCUACAUGGGGUAUCGAGAAGGAGUGAUGCAACAAUGCCCAAUGUUGAGAAGGCCGUUGAUGUUACAGUAAUCAGGAUGAUAACACGAUGCCGAGUACACCACAAGGGAAAGUGGUACUGUCGAGUGACAGCAAUGCACCGCUCAAUAUUUAAAAACAAGUGACCUUGUCGACAUGCACAAAAUGGUUAAUAACAGGCCUGAGACAAUCUGGCAUAGGAGAUCGGUCAUGCACUGGGCCAUUGGUCCAGUGCUGAGGAACUGGGGAAGAAGGCCAUCUUUAUGAACCCAAGCAAGAGGUUGUAGACAGUGAGUGAUGACAUCAGGAUCUUGGUGCUGUCUGCAAUGUCUGGCACUUGAUGGGUGACCACUGUGGAGAGAAUGUUUCCGGUAAUGAUCAGUAGUCUGCUACAAGCAAUGAAGCAGGUGCAGAGAGCUGUGAAGACUGUUGAUAGAUUAGAAGAUUAGAGAGUUGAAGACUUGCUAGGCAGGGCUGUAGAAAUGUUCACGAUGAACCCUAGAAUUGUCGCAUUUAGUAAUAAAGUCACAAACAUUGUUCCACAACCAAUCAAUCAACCAGUAGGUUUUUUUUUAGAGUAUUCGCAAACUAAACUUGGAUAAAGCUGUUGCUCUUGAAAUAAUUCAGUUUAUAUUAUUUCUUUGAAAGGCCAUCCACUCUAUCGUUGAUGAUGCUAUGCUAUUCCUGUCGGAGUUUCAUGUUGCAGAGGAACCAGUCCCUUUCGCCUGCACAAUUCCUCCAGUCAGUGACACAAGUUUGCAACUUGGAAGUGGCUUUGAUCAUGGUCACUCAGUUGCAAAUGCUACGUUGAUAAAAAUCUGUGACAGGAGUGCUGCAUGAGUGAUUGGCCUGCAGUCAUUCACAGGAAGUUGUAUCCCUGCUAACUAAUAGUGUCAACAGAGCAUGUGUUUCUACGUGACAGUAAUUGAGGCAAUAAAUCAAAGUCCUGGAGAUAGAGUCAGUCUCAUUUUACCUCAUUAUGUGUACAUCACCAGUAAACGAAGGCGGCAGUACUGGAGAGCUAAAGAAAGGUCUAUUUUACAGAAGCUUUUUAAUAGAGUCGAGCAAGGCAGUGGCUAAAGAGAGUAAUACAAGUACAUGUACUUUCAAGCUAAAUUCCUGGAAGACAGCUACAUGUAGGAGAUAUCCCGUCUUCAAAGUUGCUCAUUUAGGUUUGACAGUUUUGCUUGUUUGCCAGCGGCUUUCCAAUAUCCCCUCUGUUGUUGGCUCAUAACAUGAAUGAUAGACAUUCUAGGAAAAGUCUCUUCAAAUAAUAACUUGAGACUGGCGGAGCAUCUUCCGAACUGGUAGAGCUGUGUACACAGUUGCGACAUGAGUGUCACCAUUGUUGGAAACAAACUGGCAGAUGUACAUGCCAGUGCACAUGGACAAUUAGUACAUGUACAUUAUACGAUGGCUUCACGCUCUAAUAUACAUGUACACAUCGUGAACAGCCAUUUCGUUUCCAAAAUUUGAAGCAGUGCAGCUUUCUCUAUAUACAGCUCUGGUUGCAUCUCUUCUUUCCGUAUUUUAGUGAUGAUUAUUUGGAAGUAUUCUCUCUGCUCAGGCAGUGUUCAGUGAAGCUUUACUUUUGCAUAAGAACAGGGAUGUAAAUAAACUUCUUUGAUGUAAAUGUGCUGCUCACGUGGUUGUCAGUGAAGACUAUUCCAAGGAUAUACCAUUAUUGCAGUGGCACCAUGUGCACAUGUUGUGUCCGUUCAACUUUAGGGACCGUCAUUUUGGCAACUUGAAAAUGCCCUUGUUGUGAAAGAAUAAUUUAGUAUGUAUGCGAGGCCUUCAAGUGAGCAUGGUGCCACCACAAUACGCAAGGCAUUCAAGCGGGCAUGGUGCCACCACAGUACGGAAUGCCUUCAAGCGAGCAUGGUGCCACCACAGUACGGAAUGCCUUCAAGUGAGCAUGGUGGCACCACAGUACGCAAGGCCUUCAAGUGAGCAUGGUGCCACCACAGUAUGCAAGGCCUUCAGGUGAGCAUGGUGCCACCACAGAAUGCAAGGCCUUCAAGCGAGCAUGGUGCCACCACAGUAUGCAAGGCCUUCAAGCGAACAUGGUGCCACCACAGUAUGCAAAGCCUUCAAGUGAGCAUGGUGCCACCACAGUAUGCAAAGCCUUCAAGCGAGCAUGGUGCCACCACAGUACGCAAGGCCUUCAAGCGAGCAUGGUGCCACCACA